AAAUUAUUAUUUCGUCUUCGAUAGUUGCAGCUUCAGCUUCCAGCAACAGAUUCUUCUUCCAUGUCCGAAACUCGAGCUCGGAAAUGGCGCUAACUCCCUCCACGCCACAAAUCCUUCAGUUUUCGUUCAAUUCUCCUUCCACUCCAGCUCCCUGCCUCCUCUCCUCCGACGUCACUGGCUUCCAGGCCUCUCUCCUGCCAUGGUCGCAGCUGCAGAUCGCGCUUCACAGGGGCAGAGCUCCUCUCGGACUCGCAGCUACGAAAGUGAAGUGCCUGACGAGGUCCACGGAGGAAGAACGGUGGAAUGAGUCGGACACCCUGACGUCCGACUCUGAUGAUGGGGAGCAAGAUAAGGUCGAGAGCCGCCAGGACUCGGUCGCGGCCAUUGGUGCUCAGAGGACUUCGACGGCGUCCUACUACAGUGACUCCCUGUCUCUUGGAAUCCGUGAACCGGUCUAUGAGGUCGUAGAAGUGAAGUCCAACGGGAUGGUGUCGACUAGAAAGAUUAGCAGACGACAGUUAUUGAAGUCUAGUGGGCUUCGACCACGAGAUAUUCGGAGUGUUGAUCCAUCUUUGUGGCUCACAAAUUCAAUGCCAUCCUUGCUGGUUCGUGAACAUGCUAUUCUAUUGAAUAUGGGUUCUCUACGUGCCAUAGCAAUGGCUGAAAGUGUACUCAUAUUUAACUACAACAGGCGAGGAGGGAAAGCCUUCAUAGACUCUUUGCUGCCUCGGCUGAAUCCUAAAAACAUGAAUGGAGGCCACUGUAUGCCUUUCGAACUUGAGGUUGUUGAAGCAGCGUUGAUGUCUCGCAUACAGCGUUAUGAGCAAAUGCUAAUGGAUAUAGAACCUCGUGUCCAAGCUUUGCUUGAAGUCUUGCCCAAUCGAUUAACAGCCAAUGUAUUGGAGGAACUUCGCAUUAGCAAGCAGACCUUGGUUGAAUUGGGUUCAAGGGCUGGGGCUCUCAAACAAAUGCUUCUUGACCUCCUCGAGGACCCUCAUGAAAUACGCCGCAUAUGCAUUAUGGGAAGAAACUGCACACUUAAGAGAGGAAGUGAUGAUGUUGAAUGCUCUCUCCCAUUGGAUAAGCAGAUAGCUGAGGAAGAGGAGGAAGAAAUUGAGAUGCUUUUGGAAAAUUAUCUCCAGAGGUGUGAAUCUUGUCACGGUCAAGCGGAAAGACUUCUUAAUUCUGCCAGAGAAAUGGAAGAUUCCAUUGCUGUCAACUUGAGCUCCCGGAGACUCGAAGUUAGCAGAGUGGAAUUGCUUCUUCAGGUCGGAGCUUUCUGUGUGGCGGUUGGUGCUCUAAUUGCUGGUAUAUUUGGCAUGAACCUGAAGUCCUAUCUCGAAGAACAUGUGUUUGCAUUUUGGCUUACGACAGCAGGAAUUAUAUUUGGUGCUGCUGUGGCCUUCUUUCUCAUGUAUUCGUAUCUCAAGGCGAGGAAAAUCCUGUAGACUAGAAAGAAGUUAGGUUAUCUAGAAGAAUAUCAGAAACAGUCCAUCUUAAAUUGCUCAACAAGCCCGUCUACCCAGAAGGCACUGGAGCACAAUAAGAGCAAGCUCCCUAGCUCUCAGUUCCUACUUUAACAGUUAUGAGUGAAGAAUAACAAGUAGUGGAGGUCUUAUUGGAUAGUUGAAUAUAGUUAGUGUAGUUUUACUGCUAUAGCAGUAUUGCCGAUAAGAUUUGGCCCCGUUUGCUCUUAAUGGGGGACAUGUCCAAUUGAUUUUUUCCCGCUGUCAGCGCUGCCAAGGGGAUGCCAUUUCAUUUUUCUUUCUUAUGUGCUGCAUCAAUUCAGAUGGACCAGCAUUGUGAGACAUAAGACUCAUUUAUCUGUAAAUGCUGUUCUUUGUCCAAUAUAAUUGAGGAUCAAGAAUUUUAUAGAUUUGCCGUAAA